GAUGUUAAGAAUACGAAAGGUUCUUCCUGUCGCUUGUUGUAAACACGUGUGCAAGUGGACCACAUAACUAAUCCAAGAAUAUCUCCAAAUCUGUCAAAAUGCCUAAAGUAAAAGCAGAGAAAAAAUCUCGACAGCAUCAGGAGGUGAAAAGCCAAGGUAUUAUGUUCAAUACUGGCAUUGGCCAACACAUCCUGAAAAAUCCUCUGGUUGUCAACGGUAUCAUUGAAAAGGCUGCGCUUAGACCGACAGAUGUGGUGCUGGAAGUUGGACCUGGAACUGGUAACAUGACCGUGAAACUCCUGGAAAAGGCAAAAAAGGUUGUAGCCUGUGAGUUGGACACUAGGUUGGUUGCGGAACUUCAGAAGAGAGUACAGUGCACACCAAUGCAGACAAAGCUACAGAUCUUGAUUGGAGAUGUCCUGAAAACAGAACUGCCCUUUUUUGACGUCUGUGUUGCCAACUUGCCCUACCAGAUUUCAUCUCCUUUUGUGUUCAAGUUACUGCUUCACCGGCCUUUCUUUAGGUGUGCAGUCCUGAUGUUCCAGAGGGAAUUUGCCAUGCGACUGGUGGCCAAGCCCGGUGACAAGCUGUACUGCAGGCUUUCCAUAAACACACAGCUGCUCUCACGAGUAGAUCAUCUCAUGAAGGUGGGAAAAAAUAACUUCCGUCCACCCCCUAAAGUGGAAUCCAGUGUGGUUAGAAUAGAGCCAAAGAAUCCUCCACCUCCAAUUAAUUUCCAGGAGUGGGACGGUUUGGUUAGAAUCGCAUUUGUUAGAAAGAACAAGACACUCAAUGCAGCCUUCAAGUCCACAGCAGUGGAACAGCUACUGGAGAAGAACUACAGAAUCCACUGUUCUUUGCACAACAUUGACAUCCCACAAGACUUCAGUAUCACAGCCAAAAUUGAAAGCGUUCUCCAAGAGGCAGGAUUCAGUGAAAAGCGGGCUCGUUCCAUGGACAUAGAUGAUUUCAUGGUACUUCUCCAUGCCUUCAACUCUGCUGGGAUCCACUUCUCAUAACCCUGAAGGAGCAACCCCUGGAUUGUAUCAAAACAGCCUUCAGUGAGGAGAAUAACACAGAGGACCCCUAAACUGAUGAAAACGGCUGUGAGCCAAUAGUGGUACUUCAUUUGAGAGACCAUCUUCAGAUUCUGAACUGCCGCUGCUGUGUAAAAUGAACAUUGCAUCAAAACCGGCACACAGAUUUCUAUAGCGUUGCAAAUAUCACAAACUAUGUCAGGGGGAAGAGCAAUAAGACUGUUUUAAUGUGUGUAAAAUAAGCAGUUACAUAAUUUAUGGAUGUACGAUGUGUUGCUUGACCCUUGACUACACAUCUGUUCUAUAUGUCUUUGUAAAUACCUUAACCUAACUAAAACUAAGAAAUCCAACUUAAAAAAUCAAAAGGAAUCAUCUCCACCUAUUAACUCAAAAACUGUCCUGAAAUCACAAGAAAUCCCUAAUAAUGCUUAAAAACUGUCUUGAAAGGACUGACCAACAGUCCAGCUGUGGUUUUAUUUCUGACCUUUGCGGUCACCUUCACAGGGCUUCAUCCUCUUGCCCUUUUCCUCCUUGGUUCUCAGUGUCCUUGUGGCUGCCCUGUCCCUGGCUAAGAGCUGCUGCUUUGUGUCUGGCCCUGGCUCAUGGCUCUGACUACUGCUCUGGUUCUGGCUCUGCGGGCCUGGGUCACCUGUCUCCCAGUCGGCCUCGUACGUGCGACAGAUUCUCGCUAGGCCUUAGAGAGAGAGAGGAGACAAAGGAGAUUGUUAAUCCGCUUGGUACUGUAAGAACAGGGACUAAAUGGAAGGUGGGUAAUCAGAUUGGGUUUUCCCCUUUACACACAAAAGACUGCUCCUACUGCUGUGUUUCUAUCCUUAAUUUUAUGGAAUUUUGUAGCACUUAAGUACAUUAAUGUUUUCACUUUGGCUAGUGACAUACUUUAAUACAGUUUACCCCUAA